AUGAGACGUCAGUUUGAGAAAUGGAUAUUCGUUAAGGUCACAUUUAUACUAUUGUGCAUUUUGAAUCUCAUUUCUUGUGUGUAUGCACUAUCAGGAUGCUUCUCGCUAGAUUUUGUGUUAAGAAGAGCGAAGUCUUCAUGCAUUGUUGCUUAUGUGACUGGUGGAUGCAGUGUUGCUGAGUUAUCUAAUGAGUAUAAACUUUUUCAGUAUCUGCGAAACCUGCUGAUAAACAAUGAUCAAGGAAUCCUGAUUGGAUUUAUUGAUAUAAAUGAUACGUUGCCCGAUGGGACUAAAGUUUCUAGACAAUAUGAUGAAACUACAUGUGUUCACAUUGGGAGUGUGGUGUUGUUCGAGAAAAUACAAAAAGAUAAACAAGAAUUAUAUUCUAUUCCGCAAUCUCGAAGUAUCGUUCCUUUUGUUUAUAAAGGCAUAUUUCACAUUGAAAAGCUGACAGACUUUAUAAAUCAGGGUUGUAAUGCGUUUCUUAAUGCCACUGGUGGUUUAUCUAAACAAGGCCUUCAUCGUAAAGAAAUUCUGCGAUCGAAAUUUUACGUUAAAAAUGUUUCUUAUGUCCAGUCAAAAGAUGUAUUUUUGCAAAAGUGUUCUGAAAGUGAUAAAGUUUGUUUUUCUGAUCGUAAUUUGCAUGUUCAUGAUAUCCCAAGACUACCCGAAUGCGAGAGAAUCCCCCUUCCAACACGUGAUGAUUUUUUUCGCAAAUAUUUGAAAAAGUCCAGACCUGUAAUAUUCAAAAGAGUUUUAGAAGAAUGGCCAGCAUUUACGAAAUGGACAAACAAGUACUUACGAGAAAAAUUUGGCGAACACGAAGUUACGUUCCAGCUAACACCACAUAAUGAAUUUGAAAGAAUCGAACCUAUAAAUAUUUGGGAAAAUCGUGAAAAUUUCAAGCUUUCUCGAUCUUGUGCCGAUCAGAUCCCCUCACCUGAUCUAGUAAUGGUAAAUCCGGCUAUUGAAAAAAGAAAUCUUUCUGUUUUUAUGGACAUUUUGGAUGGAAUCUCUAAUGGGUCCAUUGAUAAUAUGUCUGCGUAUUUACAAUACGCCUCAAUUCCUCAGUAUCUGCCAGAAUUGGAAAAAGACAUUCGAGAAGAAAUGCUCUUCAAGGGCCUCUUAAAAAAGGAGAUGCUGAAUAUUUGGCUCAGCGAUGGAAGAACUCUUGGAAAAUUGCAUUUUGAUGCAUAUGAUAAUUUUCUUUGUCAGAUAAGUGGCAGAAAGCAGGUUAUUUUAUUCGAUCCUCACAACAAUCAUCAAUUGUAUGAAGGUCACAUCCAAGAAGCUAGCAUGUCGUAUAAUUUUACUUCGAAGUCAUUUCAAAGACUAUAUUUGAAAGACACUACGGUUCAGGUAUUUUCUCCCUUGGACAUCACAAACCCCAAUUAUACAAGAUUUCCAUUGUUUGGAGAAACCUACCCCAUGAACUGCACCAUAGAGGAAGGUGAUGUUCUGUACUUGCCCUCCUUUUGGUGGCAUGAAGUUCAGUCCUUUCCUAAUAUAACUGCAGGAAGGAAUCUAGCUAUAAACUUCUGGUAUGAACCGUUCUUAACUCGAGAUUACCCGUGUCCUGAGUGCCAACUAGAAGUCAAUCCAAACUACAGACAUCUUCUGUGAAUGUAUGACACACAUGUCCAGGGAGGAUGAAUUUUUAAGAAGCCAUGAGCCAGGGGCCUAGGAGACA